AUGUCCAAGGCACAUCCAAAGAAAAAGGAGUCAUCUUCCAGCAAAGUGUCUUUAUCCGACCGGCAGACGGAAGCAGCGUCUCUAGCAGCCACUUCCUCUGAGAGCCUAGGAGGUGUGGGGAAAUACAGGGUCCCCAUUUGGCCCGAGUGGAAUGAUGCAGACGUCAACAGGGAGAAAUGGGACUCAAACAGAGGUCCUGAGGAUGGCAAGCUUUUUGAGGAUCCCGAAGGAAAGCUUCUUCUGCCUCCGUGUUUGAAAGUUCACACCUGGAAGCGCCCAGCAGAGUUUAUUGUUGACAAGACUCCCACUGUCAUUGACAAUCAAAUGACAUUUGACCUAGUCUCCCCUAAUUGUCAUCUGCUUUGUAGUGAGCUGAUGAGGUGGAUUGUCAGCGAGAUCCACAUUCUUUGGAUGCAGUUUAACUGCCCAUCUACAGAGCACGAGGGAUGGAGACCUUGGGGGCACAUCUACUCUAUGUGUAAGGUGGUGAAUGGUCAUGUGCCACUUUUCAACAGCUAUGGUAAAUACAUCAUCAGACUUUACUGGAUGGGUUGUUGGAGGAAGAUAUUAGUGGAUGAUUUUAUGCCAUUUGAUGAGGACAAUAACCUGCUUCUCCCUGCAUCUACCUGUCAGUCAGAGUUAUGGCCAAUGCUGCUGGCUAAAGCUCUAAUUAAAGUGGCAAACACAAAUUUGUCAGAUGUCUGCAGGGGGAUGGACCAGUUCACUUUUAUCCACACCCUCACCAGCUGGAUUCCAGAAACUCGUCCUAUAAAGUCAGUGUACUUGAGAGAAAUUUGGGAUUUCUUACAACACUCCAUUCCUACAUUUAAACACCUGGAUGACAGUUUGCCAGUGACGAAGCCUGAGCCCACAGAUGCAGCUCAAGUCAAGGAUUCCACCCUAAGUGACAGCAAGAAUCAGCUACUGGAGUCAGAGCAAUGUAAAGAGGUGUUGGCGAGCAGGUGCUGCCGCGAACCAGCAGCAAACUGGGACAAAGCCAAAGCGUACCACAAACUGCCUGUAGGACCCCCGUUCCAGGCAGGGGGUGUGAAACAGGUUGUAGGAAGAUAUUUUGUGUAUGCAGACCCUGACAUAGUGGUUUGUGCUGCCUGCUACCCUUUUCAACUACAUAACGGUUCCUUUGGGUUUCGCCAAAUGGCUAAUUCCUCUGAAUUUCUACGUCGUUAUGGCCUCUCCUUGCUACACAGCCAUGCUGUCCUGUUGACUCGUACCCGCGCAUGCCCGCUAGAGUCACCACCCAAACCUCCACCUGUGCCCCGUUGGAAACUCAUCCGUCAGCCCAAGGAGAUCUUGGUCACUGCUGAACCAAAGAAGAUCCCUUUGUCAAAACCAGAGCAGUUCAUUGAGGUUGCCAGCCCUUUUCUCUCCUACCGUACCAGGAGCAGCGGGGGCUCAGUUCCAGAGCUAGAGACCAAGCAAAACACUCCCAGGAAGUGUUCCCACAGAUCCCCUCUGGUCUCCAUUACUGAGGAAGAGGAGACUGAAUGUCAAGAAGGCCUUGAGCUUGACGCGGCUGAAUGCACCACUAACUCACCAAACUGCACUGACAAAAUGGAGGUUACUGCAGAGGACAAGAAGAACAGUGAUGACAUCUCCAAUGCUGAAAUCAAAGAGCCUGUAACUGAGGAAUCCUCUGCUACUAGCAAGCCAGUCCUACAGAAGACCUGGGUUGACCUGGAGGACUUUGAUAAAUGCUUUCAGACUCUCUUGGUGUUUCAUAAACCACAGACUUACCAGCAUCAUAUUCAGAAAUCACAUUUUAAGAAUACUGUCCUCUCCAAAACAACAACUCUUAGCUCCGGAUCCCUUGCUGUAGCAAGCCCUGAAUGUCCAGAGGUGAGAGGCACUUAUUACCUGUGUGUGGACAGCCUGCAACCUUCCCAGAUCCUCAUCAGCUUCUCUUCUCUUCUUCUCUGGGGACAUGCAGCUGAGGAGAAACAGGAAAUGUCAGCAGCACGUAGGUCUGCAGUUCUCAUCGCCGUGCCACACUCCUGGACAAGUCUGCAGUCUCAGCUGCCAGUUCUCUCCAUCAAGACCACCUCCACAAAGGCAGCUGUGUUAAACUUGCCCUCGGGGCGGCAUGUGCUGUGCAUCCACAUAAAUGCAGCAUUGGGUUACCAUGUCCACCUCUGCAGCAAGACACCAUUUAUCUUUGGAGAGGAAGAAACCAUCAUGCCACACCUUACAAAGGAAGGUGCCCAUUUCACUGAGCAGGCCUCUUCCAUCUUUAGGGCCCUGUCCAGAUUGGUGGCUUCUUUUAGUGAUAAGCAGCAGCAGCCAGCACUAAGAACGGGUCUGGAAGAAACUCACUGUCCCAGAAACAUCAGCACCACCCAGGAAAAAUGGGAGCACUGCAAGGUGUUUAACUUGGCAGUUUACCACAUGCUGCGUGAGGCUCUGGGGAGGAAGUUGAAAGCAGACGAGCAGUUUGCUGUACAAGCUCUCACUGCUGACCCUUCACUGUUCCCUGAAGAAUACCCCCCUAUAUUAAAUGCAGAUUUGGAGCCCCCAGAAAUGUGGAGAGACAGGGAGCCAACAGACAGAGAGGUCAAGGCAGUGACCGUUCUGCAGGCUGGAUUCAGAGGGCACUUGGUGCGCGAGAUCCUUGAUGCCUCAAAACCUGGAACGAAGGAGAACCUCAGUGCGUCCAAGAUCCUUUCAUCCAUGUGGUCGACAAUUGAAUCUGAUGCACACAAACAUGCAGCUUUCUUGCUGAGGCAUAUCAUCAACAAUUCUAAGAGGAAAGCGGACCUCUACCCAUGUCUACGAGAUGAAUCGACUAAAAUCGCCUUUGCUGAUUACACUGUCUCUCUUCCAGACACAGCCAACUCAUGGGUCUUGGUCUUUAGAGAGAUUUUCCUGGUUUCUGAGGAGAUGCUGGUGAUACCAAAGGUCUACUCUCCAAUCCCUAAUUGUCUCCUGCACGUCAUAAAUAAUGACACAGGAGAGGAGGUAAACAUGGUCUUCAACAGAGUAGCACCCCAUGUCUAUCAACCCAAUAAGCUUGGUUAUACCUUUGUAGCGGAAGCUAUCACACCUGAAUUACCCCCUUCUGGUGCAAAGUGGAGGAUGUGCUUGAUCGGCUCAAAGGAACCACUUCCAAAGCUGUCCCGUGACACUCCAGUUAGUGAAUUCUCAGUAGAGGAAUUCCGGGAUUAUUACAUUCCAAAUAACAAAAAUCUCAUUUGUCGUUACAGAGUACAUGUAACAACAGACACUGUAGCAACCGUUCAGCUUCAGACUUCCCACCCAGAUGUAUUGAUACGUCUAUCCAUUCUGGACCAUGAGAAACAAGUAGCUGGCAAAACCGGGAAGGGCCAUGUGGUGAUUCCUGUUUUUUUCUUCCUGGAGAACAAAGACACAGAAGAAAAGAAACAGGAGCAGUCUCCUUCGGAGAACACUCUCCAGCAAAAAGAUGAGGAAGACAGCGCAGUUAAAAAAUCUAUCUCCUCAUCUGACCAGUACCAGCCUCCCACAGAGACUAUGGUUCACAAGUACGUGGUGCAGGCAGAGGUGCUUUAUAAGACCUGGAAUCUGAGUGAAUCCCAGUUGGCUUUUGCCUGUUCAGUCAAAGACUUGGAGAACAAUGAGACAAGAGUAAAUAAGCUUGAGGAUGUAAAGCGUUCAUCUACCACUAGCACACCAAAUCGUGACGGCCACAAGCCUGAUGCAACCAAAACCCAGCGCAAAACCAAAGGAGACAAGGGGAAGUCAGCUGCCGCUAACGAAACGGUAAUGUAUUACUACAGUAUGAGCCUUGACCUAACUAAACCAAACUGGAUGCUACGUGUUGUCAUGGACAACAGCAAAGCAAAAGGCAUCGACGUUAAGAGAGACGCAGAAAGAAUAGACCAGAUUAAAGCCAUUAAAAAAGCAUGGGAAAUGGCCGAGCCGGGACGCUCUGCCAAGGCUUUUCAGUCUCGUCUCCAUUUUCUUAAACAAGUGCAGCAAAAAGAGUGUGGUGAUGCUGCUACAGAGGAAAACAAAGAUCCUGAUGCUUCAAGACCUGGUCAAGACAUCUCUCAGAGUGCAUCCAAUCAGAAGUUGACUGACACCCCCUGCUCCUUUCCGCACAUGGACUACAGUCACUUAACCAGACACCAAAAGGAUUCUCCAGUGGUGAUGGACUCGCACAUAGAAGAGGCCCAGCAGAGGGAGCGCACUGAAAAGAUCCAGACUUACCGGUUGGUCCGAGAGCAUGUGUUGGAGUGCAGAAAACAGGAGGCGUUCAACAGGAAGGAGCUAAUGAGAUGUCAGCUGGAGAUGUAUCAAAACAUGCAGGCAGCCUUUGAGCAGCGCUGUAAGAACUUUCACAAUGCGUGCGAAGCAUUUAAUAGCCGUCAUCGAGCGAGCAUCAAAAAGGAACAAGAAGAGAAACAAGCUCUGGAGGACGUCCAGUCGGCAGCUCUGGAGAAAGCAGCCUUCACCUCUGCUUCCGCACAGCCACCCAACAAGCAAGCCAAGAAAGCUGGCAAGAAGAAAUGAUAGUCAUUGGCACUAACAUCCAGUCUCAAUUCUCCUCAGUAGACAUCUCAGUAGUCACACUGAAUUAUCGUCAUUGUGUCCCAGCAUUGUUUACGUGCGCCUUACGAAACAACAUCAGAUGGGAAGUUUAUUUGUUCACGAUUCAGUGCGUUCGCCUUUUCACUACACCUUUAACUUUGAAAUGACUAGUUGCUCUAACUAUAGUGUUUAUUAAAUGUUCUAGUUUGAUAGUAGUCUAACAAAGAUGUUCACACGAUUAUAAUAUUUAGAUCAUAUCCCAUAAGAUAUUUAAUGUGUU